CUCCCAGUCAUUAUCGGUGGGCGGAGUUAUGGUUGUUGUCUCUUUUUGGUAACUGAAACUACAGCUCAACCGAAACGACACUAAAAUAACCAAACACCGAAGUCUGAACGAAUAAAGCGAGUCAAAACAAUGUCUUCUCUGAGUAGCAAAUCUGCGCAGGAGAUUAGCGACCUGCUGGAUGAAUAUGGGAUAAAGCACGGACCUGUGGUCGACUCCACCAGAAGUCUGUAUGAGAAGAAGCUGAAAGAGGCCAUGGCCAAAGGGAAAAGAGCAAGCUCUAAACCAUCAUCUGACAGGACCUAUUACAGAGAAGAAGAGGAGGAGGUCACCUAUGUCUACAGGACACCUGUCAGAAGUGAUGGAGCAGGAGACAGUGGGUCGUACAUGAGCUCCAGACCAGGAUGGACUGAGAGGGAGUAUGAACAUGAGACGUCCUACUCAUCCUACUCCCCCUUAAGAUCGAGGUCUGAAUACAGUAGAGGAAGGAACUAUGUUGAUGAGCCCCGCAUGUACGACACGCCGUCCACUUACAGAAACUCCUAUUUGAAAUCGACACCAAUGAAAUCUGAUCAAGAUGCUCCAAAGGCACCAAAGUCAUCUCGUCUCAUCCCACUGUGGGUUCAGUUUGUGUUCUUCCUGGCUGUGGCGGUCUUCCUCUACUUAGUUUUUUCCAGUAUGGAGACAAAUGAAUCCCUCCAAGGAAUAGAAUGAUUUGUUCUUUUAUCCGUGCUCUGCUCACGGGGCUGUUAUACUUUCUUAUGCAUUUAAUUCAAGGAAUGUAUUUUGGUUAAUGCCUUUAUUUUAGACAUUGCUGAAACUGUGGUUUAUGCAAUAUUUGUGUGUGUUAUAAUUGCAGUUUAUUUGCUUGCUUAUGCUUAUAGGUAAAGUACAUGACUGUCAUCCAGCUUCAGUACAGCAGCACUACUAGAAUAGAUGGGGGCACCACUUCAAAGUCAAAAAAAUCCUGUCUCCUCUUUCCUAGGCAGCAGAUGUCAGUUAGUUUCAGUGUUCAUCUGUUGAAAUCUGUAGAUAAUCAUCUACAUGUUGGCCCAGCACGGUGUCCUCAGUGUCGUUCAGUUUGCGGUGCUUAAUGUACCAAGAAAUUGAAUUUCAAAAAGUUUACUCGCUCCAGAUAUUAUGGCACAGCUGCACAUUAAAUAUCCACUAAUUCAAGGCCAGUGGGUUAUCAAAACAAGAUGUCUCAUGUUUAGAGACUUUAUGAUGCUGAAUAUGGCACAUUGAACAUCACAACUGUACAACAAAUGCAAAAAAACUUAAUAGAAAUCUCUUAUCAAGGAACUAUGGUUCAAAUUUCAGAUGCCACCAAAAAUAUUUGUGAUUUUUAAACUAACAACAAACAAAAAACCCAGUCCUAGUGUACUAAUUAAACUGCAGUUCAGUAUGAAAGGUACUGGGACAAAUCUUUUUAGCAUCCUUUUUUCAUUCUUACAGUGUUUGGUAAUGUGGAUGUCUAACAGUGUCUAGUUUUGUGCAUAUUGUUAAUUGUUAAUAUGUUAUUGACCAAAUCCUGGUGGUGUAUAUACUCUUGGGGUACAACAAUGCUUCAAUUAACAGAAACAAUUAUAUUAUAAUUUUCAGACCAGCUUUAAUACAAGUGCCUCAGCAAUUUUAUAGGAGUAAUUGGGAUGUUUUUUUAAAAGUAGUUAGGGAAAAGUUUUAUCAUUGGGUAAAAAUAUGAAACUAAACUGUUUAUUACAAGCUGUAAGGUCAUGUUUAUGCUUUGUUCCACUACAAUAAUCACACUUUUG